GGAUCAGACGGUGUCAUGGAUAUACUCGCCUUACAGGCAAAAAACAAGACUGUAGCAGAAUCUGAGAAGAAGCCUGCACCAAGGCCAAAACCGAAACCUCCCAAAAAGGCCAAACGGAUAGUUUACUUUGAGGUAGAGAUUGUGGACUUGAAGACCAAGGAGAAACUCUUACUGCUAGAUAAGGUGGAGCCAACUGCCACAGUUUUGGAUAUCAAGGCUUUGUUUCACAAAUCAUAUCCAAAGUGGUAUCCAGCCAGACAGUCCCUGCGUUUGGAUCCAAAGGCUAAGUGUCUCAGGGAUGAGGACAUUCUCCAGACACUUCCAGUGGGAACCACAGCCAUCUUUUACUUUAGCGACCUAGGUCCUCAGGUCACACGGGGAACUGUAUUCCUAACAGAGUGUGCAGGUCCGCUGAUCAUCUACUUAAUGUUCUACUUCCGCCUUCCCUUCAUCUACUCACCAAAAUAUGACUUCACCAGCAGCAAGCACUGGGUUGUACACUUGGCCUGCAUGUGUUACUCCCUCCAUUACAUCAAGAGGAUUCUGGAGACACUGUUUGUCCAUCGUAUCUCUCAUGGGACCAUGCCACUCAGAAAUAUAUUUAAGAAUUGUGGCUAUUACUGGUGCUCUGCAGCUUGGAUGGCGUACUACAUUAACCACCCUCUCUACACCCCACCCUAUUACGGGCAGCAGCAGGUGCAUAUAGGACUUUAUCUUUUCUUGUUCUGUCAAGUGGGGAAUUUUUCCAUCCAUGUUGUGCUUCGUAACCUCAAAUGUCAAGGUUCAAAAAGCAAGAAGAUUCCUUACCCAACGAAAAAUCCAUUCACAUGGACUUUUUGGCUGGUCUCUUGUCCAAACUACACAUAUGAGCUGGGCUCCUGGAUCGGCUUCACAGUGAUGACCCAGUGUGUGCCUGUGGCUUUCUUCACUCUCGUGGCCUUCAUCCAGAUGACUGUGUGGGCCAAAUGCAAACACCGCAGCUACUUAAAGGAGUUUAGAGACUAUCCAACCCUGCGCUCCUCCAUACUCCCCUUCAUCCUCUAGAGCCUGCCAUACAAAACAAUGCUAAUACAUCUAACUCCUCAACCACUGGGACUUGUUUAAAGGCCCCUCCAUCCAUGUGGAUGCCAGUAACUGUGCUAUCACAUAUUCUUAAAUGCUGCUCCAUAACAAGGAGUGGCAUGCAGUUACUCUGAGUGUUGGACUUUUAGCCUUCAGAGCUGAAUACAGCAAAGUCUUAAUUUAAUUUUCUGUGUGACCUUGAAGAGAAAGGUGAGAAAUGUUCUUUUUAUUUUGCUACUUUGAUCAGUUGUAAAAUAUCUGAUUUAGGGUGCUGUUUUUUUCUUAAAAACCUUGUCAAGCUAAUCAGUGAAUUUCCCCAGAGAUAAGAAAC